CCGUGCUCCAGCAGCAGCAACAUGGACACAGAUUUGUUUAUGGAGUGUGAGGAGGAGGAGCUGGAGCCAUGGCAACAGGUGGACGACAGAGUGGAGGAAGACGAGAUGGACUUUAUGGACAGCUACGGAGAGACAGCGGACGAUUCUCCGUCUCCUCUUUCAGACUCUGAGACUCCGCCCCCCAGGACUCCUCCACCAAUCACAGCUCCACCAAUCACCGCUCCACCAAUCACAGCUCCAACAGCUUCCCCUCUGGUUCAUGUUGUGAGACCUCCUCUUCCUCCUCCGCUUCCUCUUCCUCCUCCAUCUUCCUCUUCCUCCACGCCGGCUGUAGCUCCGCCCCUGAUGUCUCAGGCCACGCCCCUCAUCCUGACGCAGACCAGCGGCGGGACGUUCCUGCUCCCAGCAGCCCCCGGGACACACCACGGCUCGCCCAUCCUCUUCUCCACACAGCGUACGUUGAGCAGGACAUCCAGUUCUUCCCGGAUGAAGAGAGAGAACCGGUCCAGGACCAGGACUUCCUGUCCGAUGCGUGGUGGCGGUCAGCUGAUCGUUGGACGCGUCCGUCAGAGCGCCGAGGUCCCCCCAUCGUACCGUUCAGCCUGA